GCCGGGGCUUACAGUGGCGGGAGUUGGAGGCUGCAACGCGUCGUGUGGUGGAGGGCGCAGGCUGCCGUGUCCGCGGGGGCCGGGGGUGAUUUUCCGCGGCUUCUCCCCCGAGCUGAACCUUUCCCUCCGGCCCAGAUGCUCUUCCACUCCGUGCUCCGCCAGCCGCAGCUCGGCGUGCAAAGAAGCGGCUGGUCUUCACAAUACCCUCUGGAGUCCCUUCUAACUGGUUAUCAGUGCAACUGUAAUGAUGAGCACACAUCUUAUGGAGAAACAGGAGUCCCAGUCCCUCCUUUUGGAUGCUCCUUCUCUUCUGCUCCCAAUAUGGAACAUGUAUUAGCAGUUGCUAAUGAAGAAGGCUUUGUCAGAUUAUAUGACACAGAAUUACAAACUAGCAAAAAUAAAUGCUUCAAAGAGUGGAUGGCUCACUGGAAUGCUGUUUUUGACGUGGCCUGGGUCCCUGGUGAAUUUAAACUUGUUACAGCAGCGGGUGAUCAGACAGCCAAAUUUUGGGAUGUAAAAGCUGGUGAGCUGAUGGGAACAUGUAAAGGUCAUCAGUGCAGUCUCAAGUCCGUUGCCUUUUCUAAGUUUCAGAAAGCCGUAUUCUGUACAGGUGGGAGAGAUGGCAAUAUUAUGGUCUGGGACACAAGGUGCAACAAAAAAGAUGGAUUUUAUAGGCAAGUGAAUCAAAUGAGUGGAGCUCACAAUACCUCAGACAAGCAAACCCCUUCUAAACCCAAGAAGAAACAGAAUUCAAAAGGACUUGCUCCUUCUGUGGAUUCCCAGCAGAGUGUUACUGUGGUCCUCUUUCAAGAUGAGAAUACAUUAGUCUCAGCAGGAGCUGUGGAUGGGAUAAUCAAAGUAUGGGACUUACGCAAGAAUUAUAGUGCAUAUCGACAAGAGCCCAUAGCAUCGAAGUCUUUCCCGUACCCAGGAAGCAGCACUCGGAAAUUAGGGUACUCCAGUCUGGUUUUGGAUUCUACUGGCUCCACCUUAUUUGCUAAUUGUACAGAUGACAACAUUUAUAUGUUCAAUAUGACUGGCUUAAAGACUGCUCCAGUGGCUAUCUUCAAUGGACACCAGAAUUCUACCUUUUAUGUAAAAUCAAGUCUUAGUCCAGAUGACCAGUUUUUGAUCAGUGGCUCGAGCGAUGAAGCUGCAUAUAUCUGGAAGGUCUCCAUGCCUUGGCUUCCUCCUACUGUGCUUCUGGGUCAUUCUCAAGAGGUCACUUCUGUGUGCUGGUGUCCAUCUGACUUCACAAAGAUUGCCACCUGCUCUGAUGACAACACGCUGAAAGUCUGGCGCUUAAAUAGAGGCUUAGAGGAGAAACCAGGGGAUAAACAUUCCAUAGUGGGUUGGACCACUCAGAAGAAAAAAGAGACAAGAGCUGGCCUAGCAGUAACAAACAGCCAGAGUACUCCUGCCAAAGCCCCCAGGGCAAAGAGCAGUCCCCCGGUGUCCUCCCCAUCAUCAGCAGCUUGUGCUCCAAGCAGUCCUGGAGACCUCCCUCUUCCUUCAAGUACUCCCACGUUCUCAAUCAAAACCCCUCCUGCCAAGACCAGGUCUCCAGUCAGCAGAAGAGGCUCCACGUCCUCUGUGUCUCCUAAGCCACUCUCAUCUUUCAAGAUGUCACUUAGAAACUGGGUGACUCGAACACCUUCCUCAUCACCUGUCACUCCACCCGCUUCUGAGACUAAGAUCUCGUCUCCAAGAAAAGCCCUCAUUCCUGUGAGUCAGAAGUCAUCCCAAGCAGAUGCUUGUUCUGAAUCUAGAAAUAGAGUGAAGAGGCGACUAGACUCAAGUUGUCUGGAUAAUGUGAAACAAAAGUGUGUGAAGAGUUGCAACUGUGUUACUGAGCUUGAUGGCCAAGUUGAGAAUCUGCACUUGGAUUUGUGCUGCCUUACUGGCAACCAAGAAGACCUUAGCAAGGACUCUAUAGGUCCUGCAAAACCAAACAAGAUUGAAGGAGCUAGUACGAGUAUCUCAGAGCCUCCUUCUCCUGUCAGUUCUUAUGUUCCAGAAAGCUGUGGAGCACUACCUCUUCCUUUGAGGCCUUGUGGAGAAGGAUCCCAAGUGGUAGGCAAAGAGAAUAGCUCCCCAGAGAAUAAAAACUGGUUGUUGGCCAUGGCAGCCAAACGGAAGGCUGAGAAUUCAUCUCCCCGAAGCCCGUCAUCCCAAACACCCAAUUCUAAGAGACAGAGCGGAAAGACAUCACCAAGCCCGGUCACCAUUACUCCCAGCUCCAUGAGGAAGAUCUGCACAUACUUCCAUAGAAAGUCUCAAGAUGACUUCUGUAGUCCUGAGCACUCAACUGAAUUAUAAAUUCUAAUCUGAGUGAGUUAACUAAAUUUUGGUCCAGAAAAAAAGAAGAACUUUAUAACUCUGGCCUUUAAGAAAACUGCCAUCUUUUUCAUUUCUGAGAAAAUGCUUUUGGUUCUUUCAUAUUCCUAGUCUGCUGCUUCUUACCAAGUGUAUAAACUUCUUCAGGGUGAAUACUGUGUUUACAUUUCAUGCAGUAAACUUGUCACUUUGUAGGAUGUUGAAUGAAUGGUCUUUACUCUUUAAAUUAUGCAUCUUCUGUGUGAAAAUGCCAUCUAGCUCAUGGAGGUAAAAAGCCAGACCUGUCUUGUGCUCAGUGUAGCAUGUCUGUUGACACCAGCACUAGGCUCAGCUGUGAAAGCUGGUCAGUCAUUGGAAGAAGACACCCUCUGCAGAAGAUCCUGCUCAGCCCUGCUUUAAUAUAUAACCUGUCCACUCUACUUUAAUAGUGUGUGUUUAAAGUAUGUAUAAAAAUGUGUUGGUCACAUAAUACACUUAUUGUUUAGUGUUAAAAUCCAAUCUCUUGAAUUAGAAACGUCUUUACUUUUAAAUGCAGUCAUCAAUGUCAACUGUGUGGAGAAACUAGAAGAGAAUAACAGAAAGCUAGGUCUAUCGUUUUUUCUUCCACUGUGUCUCUGUGAGAUUUAAAGAUCUUAUCUUUACCAGUUUCCUGUUAGCAGCCCAACAUCACUCUAGAAGGUUUUGGUCUUUGACACUUACUAAAGGAAGGUGUCAUAGAAAGCCAGUACUCACACCGACACUAGGGCUUCCAUUUAGGGACAAUCUUUACUUCCCUAGGGUCCGCAGAUUUUAAGAAAAAGCAAUCUUUUUAAGAAAAGAAAAUUUUGAACUGAAAAUCCAGAACCUGAAAUAAACAUUGACUUUAUUUUCACAGAAAGCACUAAUAUUCUAGUAUACUGGUGAGCUCUCCCCCCCCCAAAAAAAAAAGAAAAGGCACUUUAUGUAACUAUACUAGAGUGUAUCGGCUGACUCUAAAUAAUAAUGUGCAAGAAUUUUAAACAAUAACUUAUCAGUCCUCUUGAACCAUAAUUUUAUUUCCCUACUUUGUAACCUCAAGGACUACAGCUAAUGCACUUGGAAGGGACAUCUCUCCCUGUCAUGAAAUAGUUCAUUUUAUUCCUGUCCCAGGGGACUGGUUAAACUUUAUUCCUAUCGUUGACAAGAUUUUUAAAUUUCUUUAUGAAAACUCUAAUUCCUUUGAGAUUGUCAGUUAAGCUUCUAUAACCAGGACUGCACAGGUUAAUUAAGCCUAGAUUUUCCAUGGAUGUCAGUUGCUGCCAAAACCAAGCAUAGCUUUAACUGAAUAUUUAGGAAAUCAACUUAUGUUUAAUGUUUAGUUUUUGAAUGUUAGAUAGUGGGAAGGUAUUAUUCAUAACAUAUACCUGCCAAUGAUGCUAGCUAUCUCUGUUGCUUUGAAAGUCAAAGUGGGGUGGAGUCAGUAAAGUAGAUGACUUUGUCUCUGUACAUCUUCUGGCAGCACUACCAAGUGAAAUUGGAGUAAAUGUGGCUGUCACAAAGGGCAGAAAGUCUGCUUGCUGGGUAUAAUGUGUCCCACUUGGAAAACUAGUACUGCAAAUCAGUGCCAAAGGUCAAAUGUAAUGAGAUAGUGAUUAUCUUGCCUGUGUCAGUGUCAGGCUCUGAUCUGGUCCUGAAUAAUAAAGCCUUUUACCUUA